UAUCAGUGUGUACAUUUAUAGAUGUCUGAUUGGUGACCAUGCUAUGCAUCUGCAGAGGAGAAUAUUUCGUACAGAGAAAUAGAAGAAAUAGGGCCUAUAAUAUUAAGAAUAUUUUUGCCUCCUGCUGUGGCCAGUUAGACCAGUUCUGUAGUGGAGAAGAUUUGCCAAAGAGAAAUAGAAGAAACAGGAGCUAAUAUUAAGAAGAUGAUUUGUGGUUUUUGCUAUGGCUAAUUAGGUCAAUUUUAGCCGAGAAUUUAAUAUUAUUUAAUUUUACAUUUUAAGUAGAUCUAUUUAAAAGUUGAAUAUCGACAGCAUAUGGAGAUCGACGGCAAUGAAUGCAUUUUCUGUGUAAAUAAAAUGUAGAAAUACAAUAGGAGCGGCCUUCGCCAUGAACAUCUAAAAUUUGGAGUUUUCAGAGGAAAUUGUGUCAACAAAGUAUACAAAGUAUAACCAUAGAGUACUUGAAAAGGACACGAUCUCAAUGAAGGCAUCUGUGUCAAUCGGAUCUGCUCCUUACUUACCAAACCCUCACAAACUUGUAGCCAUGCGACUGGGCUCGCGCUUGUUGAUCCUGGUGGUGGCGCUGGGGGUGGUGGUGCCGAUCGUCGUCCUGUUCUCUAGCCUGGAUACCGGGCUCGGCAAGAUUCGGGGGACACAACCCUCAAAUACAGCUGGACCCCCAGGGACGUGCAGGCUCCAGCCGUCUCAUCAGCCCCAUGUGGUGGACCAACCACAUCCACAGCACCUGCGAGAGGCUGGGCUACCAGAAGCCGCGAGUGGAGGAAAUAAAGCCGGAGAUGUUCAAAAAGAUUCUGGUGGAUGAUGAUAACAAGCUCCUUUAUUGCCAAAUUCCAAAAGUUGCAUCUACAACGUGGCGACGCGUAUUCUUGCUCCUCUCUGGGAAGAUGAACACAACGAACCCGCUGGAGCUGCGAUCUAAUGACGUCCACCACAAGUACGACGAGUUCCUGACGUAUCUCAGCGACUUCUCCACCAGUGACAUAAUGUACAGACUCAAUCAUUACUUCAAGUUCGUCUUUGUGAGAGAGCCGUUUGAAAGGUUACUCUCGGCAUUUAGGAAUAAAUUUGAGACCAAUACUCUGUCCGCGGCAUACUUCCGCAAACAGUUUGGUAGAAAGAUCAUUGAAAAGUAUCGGGAGAACCCUACGAAGGAAGCUGUAGAGCUGGGAACUGACUUGAAGUUUGAAGAAUUUGUGAAUUAUCUUACAGAUCCCAAGAGGAAGUUGCAUUUGAAUGAACAUUGGGAUAAAUUUCAAGAUUUGUGUCAUCCAUGCAUCGUCAAUUAUGAUUUCAUUGGGAAGCUGCCAAACAUUGAUAAGGACUCAGGCUAUGUUUUAGAACGUACAGGAAUAGCCGACAAAGUAAAAUUUCCUAGCAGAUCUGAAUCUAAGUAUGGUCGCCUGGGCACAGAUUCUUACAUGAAAAAGUAUUACACACAAAUUCCAAAGAAGUCAUUGAUUCAACUGUUCAAUAUGUAUAAAGCUGAUUUUGCUAUAUUUAAUUUUACUAUUCCAGAAGUUAUCAAGGAAAUGCUUUGAAUGAUUACAUGGUGCCUCUUCUGUACAUUACAGAAGAUCUGCAUGAUGUUUGAUUAAGUUACUUCUCUUUCAUCUGAAGCAUUAUUUGCGUAAUUUUAUUGUCUCCAUAAACAUACUUGUAACUCAAAUUUCCCUGACUUUUUUUCUUGUUCAGCUUUGAUUAUCACGUUUAUAAUUCAUAAACAUUUAAUCUUUAAAAUCGAAAUUAUGUCGAGGAGAGGAUGAAAGUUUUGUUUUUACACGUAUUGAACAAAUCAGAAAUGCAAAUCUGCAUAUUUCAUCUCAUCAUAUGCGGGUUUCGCUGGCCUUUUUAUGUUUUUGAUAGAUAAAGAAAAAAGAAAUGAAAAAUAUUUACGGAUAAGGAAGUCGUGCAUCUUUGUUUUUUAAAGUUCACAUUUUUGCAUCUUCAAAUGUUAUCAAGUGAUCAGAAUAACUUAUGAUCAUGACCUCUUACUCUCAACACU